AUGGAGUCUACAACUUCUAACCCGAUGGUUUGUCUGCCUAUUGAGAUACUGCUUCGGAUUACAUCCAUGCUCAACACCACAGAACUUGGUGCCAUGAGGUUGACCUGCAAACACAUCGAGAGGUCGCUUUUCAACUCGUUCGGUUACGAAUUUUUCCGCAAAAAACAGUUCAUGCUCAGUGACGAAAGUCUGCAGACGCUCAUAGAUAUUUCACGUCAUGAAGCUUUAUCGCCUCUACUAAAGCAUCUCAUCAUCGGCCUUGACCGAUUUGACCCCUCGAUGUCAACGUUUGACAGUGCCGAUGCAGCGUUGUUUUACCUGGUGUCAACAGGCCGACAGCUCAGCCUUGUCAGAACUGGAAGAGCUGUUCGGAUGCUCAAAGAGGCCUUUGAAAAUUUGAAAAACCUGGAAACGGUCAGCAUCCGAGAUUUUGAUGGACAAUACAGGACUCGAGACGGACCAAACGCCCGGUGGGGGAGCUAUGGGGCCUCAGAAAUUCGUCGAAGGAUUGGUCGUUCUCUCCCCAUCUCUAAUACAAUCGCCGACGACCAUGCUACGGUGGUUUUUACAAUCACUCUGGCGGCAUUGGCCGAGGCUGGCUGUCGUCUGAAGAACCUAGAGGUUCUGCUGCGGUCAAGAAACUGGGGGUUGAGAGACUUCGGGUUUGACCUCAGUUCUCAAACCUGUGGGACGACAACAGCUGUUGUAUCGAGACUUGAGAAGCUUCACCUUGAUGUUUACCUCAACUUCGUACAAACACGGGUAGGAAGUUUGACAGGACACAACGUGGAUCCAGCCAUACCUGGACUGCUACUUCGCCGAUUUCUUGCAGAGGCACAUCAGCUGACCUGGCUUCGGCUUAACUUUCAAAACUCUUUGGUUUCGGUGUCUGACGCGUUUAUUGAAAACCUCGGCCGAGGUGAGGCCUCAAUGUCCUCUUCCCAGCUCCUAAACCUGAAACGGCUUGAUCUGGGAAAUGCCAAAUUUUCUUCCUCGAAGUUGGUCCACGCUCUGGCAAACUUUGCUUAUCUGACUGGAAUCAGUAUCUGGAAAGUGAAUCUCCACGAUACAACUGCCGAUGAUUGUUGUCCCAAUCUGUGGUGUGACGUUUUGAAGCAGUUUGCAAAGAUGCCUGCUCUGAAUUUUUUGUCAGUAGGACUUGCCAGCCAACAAAAACCCAGAAGUAUUCGCUGUCCUGUAACAUUUGCCGGGAAGACAACUUUCAACUAUACGGAUAAUGCAAUUGGUCAAUUUUUGGAGAGCCUUAUAGAUGUUACAGAAGUCCUGCGGCCACCAACGCUAGCUCACGUUAAUGACGACGAAUACGAGGAAGGUGACGGAGCUGAUGACGACGAAGAGGGGCCCGAGUCUGACGCGGACGACAGCUGA